AUGGCCCUGCAAAGCUUCGAAGACGAUCUUCUACGGAGAUGGUUCCCAGCCAACACUGGAAACACAUUAACGCCGUUUACUGAAAACGACAUUCGCGGCAUCACAGACGUCUUGACGCGAUGUGCACGAGAACGUUGGAGUCUUGUCCCGAGAUUGUAUAGCCUUCUCCGAAAGAUUGACCGGCUAGAUGCGAUAGACGCAUUCAUUGACAGCGACAUCACGGAUGUCCACUUUCCGUUCACGAAGAAUACAUUACCGGAAGCGCUACACGAUCAUUCGGCACGACUUCGAUUCCUCGAGUUGCAGCACCUUGUCUACAACAAAGAUGCACUUAAUCUCGAACGACACGCACCCCAUGGACACUUCAGCGAUUCUACAGAGGUACCCUUGAAGAAGGUAGGAGAGCUUGGCAAGGGCGGAUUCGGAUUCGUCGACCGUGUCAUUAGCACCAUAAGUCAUCAGGAGUACGCAAGAAAACUCAUACCGAGAGGAAGAACCUUUAAGAAGGACAAGCAGGUCUUGAAAAGUUUCACAAAUGAAUUAUCGAAUCUCAAGCAAUUGUCGCAUAAGCACCUCGUCGAGCUGGUCGGCAGUUACACGGAUAAUAGAUAUGUGGCCCUUGUUAUGCUUCCGGUUGCCGAUACAAACCUACAGACGUUCCUAGAAAGGGCGCAUCUUGACGAAGGAUCUCGAUCUUUCUUGAGACCUUUCUUUGGUUGUUUGACAUCCGCACUAUGUUACCUGCACGAUAAUCGCAUUCGACACAAGGACAUCAAACCCUCAAAUGUACUAAUUAAGGGCGAUCAAGUAUACUUUACCGACUUUGGAACAGCUCUUGAUUGGUCCGAUCGAGGCAGCAGCAUAACAUUGACGGCACCGCCCACAACCCCUCGAUAUUGCGCCCCUGAAGUUAUCGCAUACACUGAACGCAACUCAUCAUCUGAUAUCUGGUCAUUCGGCUGCGUUUUCUUGGAGAUGUGGACAGUGCUGAGAUGCCACACGCUUGAGGAUUUACGGAUACACAUGACCGCUAAUGGUUCUGGCGCAAAUGAGUACCAUUCGAAUCUCGAAGCCAAUACAAAAUGGAUCGAAAUCCUUCGAUGCUCCCCAGGACCACCAAGUGAUCUCAUCCCGUCUACCUGGAUUGAAAAUAUGCUGCAACGAAAGCCAACAGACCGUUGGAAUAUCCACACUCUUGACAACCAUAUCGGAGAGACUUGUGUUGACUCGUCCGUACAACACAUGUUUAAAGGAUUGUGCUGCCAGGAAAAUGAGGACGAUCUUUCUGGAGAUUCGUGGUCCUUGUCAGAAGAAAGCGAAGACCAAUCAAUAGGUCCGUUGCACGCUCCGCAAACAUCGGAAUCAACAAUAACAAAAAUACCUUCCGAAAUGCAAGAUCCUGGUCAAGAUAUACAAACCAUACUGCCAGGGAAAUUGAGAAUUUCAACUCCUCUGAGCAGAAUGGACCAUUUUGCUGAGACUGACAGCAGCUCUUUGAUUGACCAGAGAGCUGCACGGUUCAAAGGUACAUCAGAAGAUUCGACUGACAAUGUUUUCUUCGAGGGAGACGAACGUUCCGCGCCGGAACUCCCGUUUCCAUACUUUGAUGCUAGCAUCUGGAAACCAGAGAGUGGUCUUGAGACGGAGAUAGAGCAUAAUACUCUACCAAGCUCUGAUUUGGUCGACGACACAGAAGCAAUCGUAAAUCAUCCGAACGUAUCGAGCACACCGGUACGUCAUCCGGAUGUUGCAUUCGGGCAGGAAUACUAUCGUCCAACCGAUGAUGAUGAGAGAUCAUAUCUCCACGACGCCACUGGCAAGUUUGCUAGUCACACGCUCGUACUACAACAACUCAGUCCAUACCAAGAUGAAGCUGCUAAGAAUUUUGAAGAGCACGCGUGUGCUUGCUUCUCUUGCGAAAAUCCACUAGAGGUUUUCCGUCGACAUGGCAAACUCUGCGCCGAGGGUUACCAUCUUGCUAAGAGACUUCUCAAAUUCGUUUCCAGAUCCAGCCGCAGAGUGUACGGCCUUCGUAUGAUUGACGAGCAAACAGACACGAGAGGCACAUCCAAUCUCGAUAUGGUCUACUUACCGUCAUAUUAUUACAAUGUCAAACGUUUGUUGAAAGCCAUCGAGUGCAGCAAGUGGUGCACCGGGAACUACGUUUUACUCCCCCAUUACUGCAAGGAUCCCGAGCACCGUUACUGGCAGGAGCUUUAUCCCUGUCCUUGGUGUCAUAAACCACUCGGAUCAGAAACCAGAACGCUGGUCGGUAAAGGACAGCUGGUUCACGAGGAAUGUCACCAUUUCUUUGAGGGUUAUACUGGGGAUGAGAACAGCCAAGAGCCACAAGUACUGAUUCACCGGACACCAUCACCGAGGCAUUCUGCAUCUGUCAGUGAGCAGAGUAGCGCAAAAAAAUCGGAUGCAAGCUGUGCAGUGGGAGUAGGACUUCCCAGACUAGAAAUCAAUCAAGUGCGAGGCAGAGCACCACCCUCCAGCCAAGAUAUCUCUAAGUGCCAUCGAGAAAGCAGUUUUGAGAAUCUUGACCCUGCAAAGAGUUCAGUCCAACACCACACAGGAGACUCGAAUCAAAGCAGUACAACAUUCCUGAAACCAGAAAACCGUUCCACAAUGAAAAAGCCUUUAGUGCCAAAGAGACAACAAAGUUUCGAUUCGACGGGAGCUGAAUCCAGUCUUUCGACGAUGCCUGGAAAGCUCAAGAACUCUGUCUUUGGAAGCUUUGUAAAUCGCCUUCUGGGUAGAUCAAUGAGCGAUACAGACCCGGAUCUGUUCGGCAAGCUUGAAGCACGGGACAGAGGACGUGAAGAGCCCCCGGCACACCAUACGCCCGUAGCUAUACCUCAUGUUACGCUCAGAAAUACCACGAAGCAUAGACCAAACAUCUCUUCCCCUCUCAAGAACACUGAGGAGCGCAUAACGAUCACCCCUUCCUCAAACAAGAAGAGAAACAGCAGUGAAACAACUGGUUCUGGCCAAGAGGGAUUUCUCUUUAAUAAAUGGAUAUAUCAAUGA